UGCUAAAACGUCAAACAUAAAACUGCAACUGCGGAGGAAAGUGGGUAGACUGUUUUGCGGCAUCCUAAUUUACAAAUUAGAAUUUUCGAAAACACUACUAUUCUAUUGCUUAAAGUACCUGUACGGUGUGCUUUGCGUGCUAGGUACAAUAAUAUAUAAACAUGAGUGAUCAGGAUGUUUCCAAGAUGAAGGUAGCGGAUUUGAAGAAGGAGCUCAAAAAUCGAGGGCUCAGUACCCUUGGAAACAAAAACGAACUGGUCGAUCGACUACAGGGGGCUUUAAUAGAUGGUGGUGAUCCCCUGGAAGAUACUGCUAUUUCUGAAGAUCUGCUUGAAGAUGAUGAGCUUAACGAUGAUAUUCUUGAGGAAGAUGAGGAAGGCAAGGACCAACAUGAAACGACUGAAGAAGAUCGAAUAUUGAAAUCUCCAACUCCAAGUGAACCAUCUAAAUCUGAAUCACCGGAGCAGAAAAGUUUGGAGACCAUUUCCAAGGAAUCGAUUGCGGACAGGAAGGAUGAUUUAGUGGCGGUUCCUCAGAAAAAAGUUGCUCUCAAGCGAAACAUUUCUAUUUCUGUCCCAACUCCCACCGUGGCAGCAACAACCACUGAAACUGGCACCGAAAAUGACAAAAAGGCAGCUGAUGAUUCUGUGCAGAAGGAAUCGGAAAACGCUCCAGUUGAACCGGAAAAAAAGGUGCUUAAACUAACCGAACUUACAACUCAGCAGAGGCUUGAGAUGCGUGCCAAAAAAUUCGGAGCACAAGCAAAUGAAAUUCCGGACUCCAAACUGCAGGCUCGUGCGGCCCGCUUUGGACUAAUGAGCAGUGAUUCCGCUGGCGGCGUAACAACCACCAAACCCACGAGUACUCUGGUGGGGGUUGAUGCGCUGAAGAAGCGAGCUGAGCGCUUUGGAGUCAGCGUGUCCGAUAAGAUGACGAAAAUCGAGCAGGAUGAGAAGUUAAUUAAACGCCAAGAGCGGUUCGGGGCCGUUUCUGCGCCAACUCUGACAGCCACCGGCAAGGUUGCCAUCAGCUCCGGUAGCAGCACAAAGACAGACUACGCCGAACGUGCUCGCCUACGGUUGGAACGAUUCAAGAAUACUGCCUAGAAAGGCACUAUACCCGGAGGAUGCUGGUCUGCAAUCAAUCAUAUUCUUUUGAACCCUUCGGGGUCAAAACCAUCUAAGCGUAGUGAACUUAUAUACGUUACUCUCAUACGAAAAAAUUACCAAUAAAGGUGAAAAAUAAACAGCCUA